GUAGCCAAUCUACUUCCGUUUUCUGUAUAAAAUGUCAAAUUUUCAAAACUUUUGGAAAUUCCGAAAUACAGAUGUAAAUGAACAUGUCUGAUUCAAAUGAUAGUUGUAUUAAUUCACCGAAUAUUAAGACCUACUCUAUAACAGAUGACUACAUUGUUUUAUGGAAGGAGAAGCUGGGGACAGGGAUUACCGGUCCUGUCAGGCCAUGUAUAAAAAAAGACACAAGAGAGAGGUUCGCCUUGAAAUGUUUAAUGGAUGGACCGAAGGCCCACACUGAGGUCACGCUUCACAGACUGUGUAAUGACCAUCCUAACAUUGUCCGAGUCCUGGAUGUUUAUGCCAAUGAUGUCAUCUUUCCAGGAGACCCCCAUCCUAAAGCGCGGUUGCUGAUGGUGAUGGAGUUUAUGGAGGGAGGGGAGCUUUUUGACAGGAUCAGUAAGGAGAGUGGAUUCACGGAGAAGAAAGCAGCCAAGUACCUCCGUUAUAUCGCAGAGGCGGUGAACCAGUGUCAUAGACUGAAUGUGGCUCACAGGGACCUCAAACCAGAGAACCUUCUGCUGAAAGACAACUCAGAGAAUGCUGAGAUUAAGCUGACUGACUUUGGUUUUGCUAAAGUGGACGACGGAAAUCUUCAGACUCCGCACUUCACACCUUAUUAUGUAGCUCCUCAGGUGUUAGAGGCUCAGAAAUAUAAAUCCCGACAACGAAGAGGAGUGAUACAGACCUCCAGACCUUAUACUUACGACAAGAGCUGUGAUAUGUGGAGCGUUGGAGUUAUUCUGUACAUCAUGCUAUGUGGUUAUCCCCCUUUCUACUCAGAAACUCCGUCCAGAAACAUUACCUCAGAAAUGAAAAGAAAAAUCCUGUCUGGGAAGUACGAAUUUCCGGAGGAAGAUUGGAAGGUUAUUUCUGAUGCUGCAAAGGAUGUAGUGAGGAGACUUUUACAUGUGGAUCCAAGUUGUAGAAUGAAUAUUCAUGAGCUGAUGUCACAUCCAUGGAUGACUGAGGCUCCGGACACGGUUCUACAAUCCCCAGCUGUCAUUUCUGAUAAGGAAGGCCUGGAGGAUAUCAAACUAGCUCAUGCUGAAAAACUUACUCAGAUGAGACUGCCUGACAAGACCCUCGAACUUAAAUCCAUCAGCGAGUCUCAGAGUGCCAUCAUCAGAAAACGCAAACUUAAGCAGAAUAGCUACGAAGAAAAUGACACAGAAACGAAAGUAAAGAUCAAAGAAAAUGACAUCAGACUAAAACCACUGCGUGACAUCAUAGCUUACUGUGUGUUGCCACCCAAAGAUGAGAAGGAGAGCAUGUUGAUCAGCCUGAUACUGAAUGCUGUAAACAGCUCGUGGUGUCAUAACAAACUCCUGGCAAUACUACGACAAUUCCAGUGGGACGGUGAAAAAUUUCAAACAAAAGUGGAGAAAAUGAAGUUGGCCCACCAGUUGAGUGAGUUAGUGAAAUCGGUGACUGAGGUGACACAGGAUGACCAGAACAGUUGACCACUGGUCAGUGAUAGACCCCGAUACUCAGCCAUUUUGUCAUUGUGGUCAGCAGGAGGCAGACAGCAAGAAAUAAGUGACCAGUGUGUGGGAUAUAAUGAACAGUUUGCUGCUGAUUUAAAGCAUUCGUGUGAUAAAGAGUAUGAAUAGCAUGAUUGGGAAGACUGUGAUUGUGCACUCUCUGUACUAAUGAUGUCUUCUUCGUUUAAUCAGAAAUCCAUUUUUGUCUCAACUCAAUUGAAGAUAUUUCAUCAAGGACUGAUUUUUAUUACAUUGUGCUAGAGUUUGGUCUAUAGCUUCAUUUAGUAAUAUUUUUCCUGACUUUCCAAGCUUUUCAUAAUAUUGUUUUUUAAUCAAACAUCUUAUGGACAUUUGCACGUACAUUACAGAAUGUCAUUUGAAGAACAGCAGUCUGUUGGUGUUCUUUAGUGACAACUCAGUCAAUCAAACUAAGAGAUGCCUGUAUCUCUUACAAUUUGAAAUUAGUGGGGGUUUUUUUUCCUGAUCUUAAAAACCAGGUUUCAUUUCCUUGUUCUAAAAGUAAUUAAAGCUCUUCGUAUCUACAAAUGAAAGAAAAAUAUUUGAAGAAUGAGAUGACAUUUCACACUUUAAGGAAAAAACUUUAACCUGGGCUACAUGUUUUGAACCAAGGGGGAUAGGGUUUUUAUAUUCCACGUUAAUAUGCCUCAUGAAGAGACCUUUGUUAUGGUACCAAAACUUUUGACCUAGUGACCUUGGACUUUUGAACUACUUUUUAAAAACUUUAAGCUGGGCUAUAUCUUUUGAACCAAGGGUAAUAGGGUUUCGAUAUAUCACAUAUAGAAGCCUCAUGAAGAGACCUUUUUUUUUGGUACCAAGACUUUUGACCUAGUGAUCUUUACUGUGGGCUUUGAUCUACUUUUUAAAAACUUUAACCCGGGCUAUAGCUUUUGAAUUAAGGGGGUUAGGGUUUUGAUAUUUUACAUAAAGAUGUCUCAUAAAGAGACCUUUGUUUAGGGAAUAGGGUUUUGAUAUUUCACAUAUAGAUGCCCCACGAAGAGACCUUUGCUUUGGUAGAAGACAUUUGACCUAAUGACCUUUGCCUUGAACUUUGUUGUGGUACCAAGACUUUUGACCUUGUAAGACUUUUGACCUUGUAAGGGGUGAAAUCAAAAGAUUGAUGUCGAAUAAAAAUCUAAAUUCAAAUAGUUAGGGGGAGGGGGAUAAAACCUCCUUUAAGUUUGUCAUCUGACGUCGAUUACACUUUAGUGGGGAAAAAACAAACAAACAAAAAACAAAAAAAGUUACUAUUAUAAACCACAUAAUGAUAUUACAUUUUAAUAAACAUUUAAUAGUUUUAAUGUACACUUUCAUUUCUGAAUAAACAGUAGAUCUUUUGAACCAAGGGGAUAGGGAUUUGAUAUUUCAUAUUUAGAUUUCUCAUGACCAGGCCUUUGAUAUUGUAUCAAAACUUUUGACCUCGUAACCUUGGACUUUGACCUAUUUUUCAAGAAUUUUAACCUUUUGAACAAUAGGUUAAGUAGCGUCAUGCUUCCCGGCGAGCUGUGUUGUCUUCUGACAACUUUUAUUCCUGGAUUACCAUGUCUCAUGCAAGUGAAUUUUGCUAUUUAUAUAUUCAUAGUUGAUAUUAGAGGAAGGCCGGUAUGUGUUUUCCUCACAAUGCAUCUUGAUUUGUCAAAUUUGACUCCAAUAUUUAAUUUACAUGUGUAUGUUUGGCUGAAUAAUUAGCCAUUUUUAAGGUUGAAAAACACAAAAUCAGGAAAAAAUCUCAUGUAUGUAUGUAUACCGGUGUAUUGGAUGUAUUUUAACAUUGGUUACACUGCUAAUAGAUACAUAUCAAUUUGUCAUUGUAUUUUGUAGGAAUUUAUUUUAGAAUUAGAAGAUCAACCAUUUGUCGUAGUUUUAUAGAUAUUUGUCUCUAGUUUUACUCUGUGUUGUGCAAUCUUACAUUUAGUUAUUUAUUUUGCAUUUGUUUUAGCUCACCUUGAGCAAAAGCUCAGAUUCUAGUGAGUUUUUCUGAUCAAAAUUUGUUUGUAUUCUGUCACUGGUGUUUUAAAUUUUUCAUAUUUUCAUCUUGUCCUGCAGAACCAUUGUACCAAUUUUAUUCAAACUUGGCACAAAGCAUCCUGGGGUGAAAGGGCUUCCAAGAUUCUUUUUUUCCAUUUUAGGAAUCAUGCCUCCAUGCAAGGGGAGAUAAUUAGGCAUUGUUAGAAUAGGAUAUGGAAUCAAAAAAUAUUUUCAAAAACUAUUUGGCCAAAAAUUACAAAACUUAUGCAAAAGCUUCAUUAAAGAUUGCAGAUUCAAAAGUGUUCAAAUCAUGCCCAUCCCCCACCCUCCCAGGGGUAGGGUGAGACUAAAAUAGUGGGAUCAAAAUUUUAGAUAGGGAUAUGUAGGAAUUUUUUUUUUAAAAUCUUCUUCUCCAGAAAA